GAGAGUGGAGACCACUAAAGGAAUAUAAAAAUAUCUUCGUCGUUUCUGCUUUUCACUUCAUUUUUCUGCUCUGCCUUUUCUUCUUGAAAUCAUCAAAAAAUACUCGCAGUUAUCAGAAUGGGUACAAUAGUGACAACUAUUACUGUCACUCUUUUUCUUUGUCUUCUUCUAUUUCCUAUCGUCUUUUCCACACCCAAUGGCAGAUUGUUUAGAAUUGGACUCAAAAAGAGAAAGUUUGAUGGAAACAAUCGGUUGGCUGCUCACCUUGAUUCCAAGGAGGGAGAGGCAUUGAGAGCUUCUCUUAGACAGCAUCAUCUCCAUGGGAACUUACGGGAAGCAGAGGACAUUGAUAUUGUGGCACUAAAGAACUACUUGGAUGCGCAGUACUUUGGUGAGAUUGGUAUCGGCACUCCUUCACAGAAUUUCACUGUGAUUUUUGACACUGGUAGUUCUAAUUUGUGGGUGCCUUCAUCUAAGUGUUAUUUCUCGAUAACUUGCUAUCUCCAUUCAAGAUAUAAAUCAAGCCGUUCACGUACCUACAAGGCUAAUGGUAAACCUGCGGAUAUCCAAUACGGCAGUGGAGCUAUUUCUGGAUUCUUUAGUGAGGACCAUGUAACAGUUGGUGAUCUUGUAGUUAAAAUUCAGGAAUUUAUUGAGGCAACAAGAGAGCCCAGCAUAACAUUUUUGGUUGCCAAGUUUGAUGGUAUACUUGGACUUGGAUUCCAAGAGAUUUCAGUUGGAAAUGCUGUGCCUGUGUGGUACAAUAUGGUCAAUCAAGGUCUUGUUAAGGAACCGGUUUUUUCAUUUUGGUUUAACCGCAAUCCUGAGGAUGAUGUAGGAGGAGAAGUGGUUUUUGGCGGGGUGGAUCCGAAACAUUACAAGGGGGAUCACACUUAUGUUCCUGUAACAAGGAAGGGAUAUUGGCAGUUUGAUUUGGGUGAUGUCCUGAUUGGUAACCAAACAACUGGAUUUUGUGCCAGUGGCUGCAGUGCUAUUGCAGAUUCUGGGACUUCCUUGUUGACUGGUCCCACGGCCAUCAUUGCUCAAGUCAAUCAUGCUAUUGGAGCAUCAGGGGUUGUAAGUCAAGAAUGCAAGGCUGUAGUUUCACAAUAUGGAGAAAUGAUAAUAGAUAUGCUACUAGGAAAGGAUCAGCCACUGAAAAUUUGCUCACAAAUAGGUUUGUGCACCUUUGAUGGAACUCGAGGUGUAAGUAUGGGGAUUGAAAGCGUUGUGAAUGAGAAUGCUGGAAAAGCCUCUAGCAAUUAUCGUGAUGCAAUGUGUUCCGUCUGUGGGAUGGCAGUUAUAUGGAUGCAAAACCAACUUAAGCAGAACCAGACACAGGAGGGUAUACUAGACUAUGUGAAUGAGCUCUGUGAUCGGUUGCCUAGUCCAAUGGGAGAAUCAGUUGUUGAUUGUAACAGUCUAUCUUCUAUGCCUAAUGUUUCAUUCACAAUAGGUGGAAAGAUAUUUGAGCUCACCCCUGAGCAGUAUGUCCUGAAAGUGGGCGAGGGAGAUAUAGCUCAAUGCAUAAGUGGAUUCACUGCUCUGGAUGUACCACCUCCUCGCGGACCACUCUGGAUCCUGGGCGACGUCUUUAUGGGCCAGUUCCAUACAGUGUUUGACUAUGGGAACAUGCAAGUUGGAUUUGCUGAGGCUGCAUAAGCGAAACUUAUUUACAUUUAAACACCUUAGUUUAAUGCAGUGCUAGUAGUACUCUUAAAAUGUGUGGAAUUAAGUAUCAAAUGAUAAUUACAUGUAAAUAUAUGUGCAACAUGAUCUGUGAGUUUUCACUAGAUUGUUGCUUGUGAUGCACUUUGAUUAAGAAAGAAUUUCCCGUGAUCGAUAAUUACCUAUAAUAGUAUAAUGGUGCAACUGAUUUUAGCUUUUAUUCAAGCUAAGAUGACUUUCGCAGCUACUUGAACUCGGAAUGCUGAACUUUGCGAUUCUUGCUGGAAAGGUACGUAGUUCCUGAUAAUUCUUAAGUAUGUUUAAUCAUUCAUGUACUUUGCAAUCUGGUUGAGUGCUCAAUGUUGCAGGAUAUGAGGCUUGCAAAUUGAUGUAGUAAUUCUUUUCUCAUCUAGAAGAAUUGAUUAAUCAUUAAAAUUAUUGCAGUCAGGUACUUAGAUGUUGGUUAGACAUAUUUGCCAGCUUAGUGUAAUGAAUGGAUGGCUGGCAUGAUUAAAGGAUGGAUUUAUGGGUGAUUUUGAUGUUCACUUAAUGAACCCAUAUGAUUUAUGUAUAAGAAAAUUCGAGUCGUUUUAGCUUCGAAUUUAUUUAGUUUGCGUC